ACAAACAGUUUUUGGAAGAGUAAAUGUUGAUGCUCGGAAGGUCAAAUAAUUAAGAAGGUCAAAUAUUUGUUUGCAUACCUUGUCACAUUUAACCAUCGGGCUGAAAUAACAUUAUAGAUUGAAAUCUAUCGGAUCAACUCAUUUUUUUUCUGUAGGUGAAACCAAGACAUAAUAUGAGCAGCUCGGAUAAUCUGGAACCAUUACUGCUCAAACGGGCAACCAAUUGGCUUCCUCUUAGCGAUCGGGGGGAGGGGGCAGAAGAUGGGGGGACUGCGCAAGAGAUGAGACGCGCUCACACAUUCACAAGCAUAGCAAACAGUCUUAUGAGCUACCAAGAAGGAUGUGGGGGUGGUGGUGUUAAUGGGUAUGGGGGCGUUUCGCAAAACAAUUUGGGUGUCCCGGGGCAGUAUACGGAUAUGGAUGAUGGAGAUUAUGAUGGUGUUAACUACAAAGACGACAUCAUUUCAUCACGAUCAAUCCACCUUGAUGAUAAAAGCUUUAACUCAGACGGCGACUUGACUGAGCUCUCGUCAAACUUCGGCAACUUCGGCUUCGGUCCGUCUAUUCGGAAGUCUAUGUCGGCGAAAUACGAGAAAGCACACAGCAAGUGGUUCCACAAGCUAGACCGGUUUGGACUCGCUUUUUUCUACGAGAAACGAAGCCUUUUCAGGGUUUUUUUGUUCACGCUUCUAUGUACUGUAGCUGCAUUUAUCUACAUGAUUGAAGACUAUCAACAAUGCACCACUAAGUUUAUGGGUCUAACUAAAUCAGCGGGUGCACGAACUUUGGAAGGGUUCCAAGUUAAUUCUGGGCUGAAAUAUUACGGAGUCGAUGUGAAAAUGAGGGGCAUGUUCAAUCCGAACAUUCAAGACACGAGCGCAAUGAACGAAUCACUUUUCGUCUCGUUUUGCAACAAAAUAGGCAAAAACACAGAGUGUUACGGGGAUAAAUACUUGGCAUUGGAGGUUAACGGGUCAGACCCAGAACUGAUCGAAUGGACCCAAACCCUCAAACACGAGGACCACACAAUCAUGCAGUUUCAACUGAUCAAUUUUCGCAGGAUUUCGUUCGAGGUGGAAUACUGCUUCGUGACCAACUUCUCCCGAGCAGAGGUGCCGAUUGCCAUUUGUCUCCUGAUGAUGCUAUACAUUCUUCUAAUCACAGAGAUGAUGCAUAAGACCCUGGCAGCCAUGUUGACCUCCACUUUGUCGCUGGGUGCUCUGAGUCUGAUGAAUAAGGGACCUGAUCUGGACACCGUGGUCGACUGGAUAGAGUGGGAGACUCUGUUUCUCCUCUUUGGAAUGAUGCUGCUCGUGGCUGUGUUUGCGGAGAGUGGUUUCUUCGACUAUUUGGCAGUUGUCGCCUACAGAUUGUCGAAGGGGGAUCAGUGGAGCAUCAUCUUCAUCCUCUGUGCAGUCACCGCCACAACAUCCGCAUUCCUUGACAAUGUCACCACCAUCUUGUUAUUGACACCUGUCACCAUCAAUCUCUGCCAGGUAUUGCAUAUGGAGUCCAAAUGGGUCUUAAUCGCAGAGGUCAUCCUAUCAAACAUCGGAGGCACUGCAACAGCUAUCGGGGACCCUCCUAACGUAUUGAUUGUGUCAUCCGAGCACCUGUCGGGGAGGGGUCUCUCCUUCCCCAUCUUCACCCUCCACCUCUUCCCCGGCUCUUUUCUGGCCUGUUUCGGGGCCAUGGGUCUCAUCCGGGUGCUCUACUCCAGAGUUAGUCUGGAGACCAAGAGAGACGUGGGAGACGUCACUUUCGAGAAAGAGUUGAACAUGUGGAGACAUACUAUGGCAAGAGUCGGAGUUGUGUCACGCGAGGAAAAGAACGUGCGACGUGCUCUUAUUGUUCACAUGCAACAUCUGGUCCAAUCCAGACGACGCCACGUGACCAGAAUGGAACAACUGGAACAACAGAACAAGGGGGUCCACGGGGGUAAGAGGGGAGUGAAUAAAGAAGAGCAGUUCCAGUCUAAGUUGGCUGAACUGGAGAAGAAUUACGUCAUCAGAGACAAAGUCUUGCUCACAAAGUGCUGUGUUGUCCUCAUCUCGGUAGUGUGCAUGUUGUUCAUGCAGUCCACUCCCCUCUUCUCCACCGAACUGGGCAUAGUGGCUGUGCUGGCUGCCAUCCUCCUCCUCCUACUCACUGAUCUCCAGGAGUUGCAGGAUGUGUUGCACAGAGUAGAGUGGGACACCCUCAUAUUCUUCGCAUGUCUGUUCGUCGUCAUACAGGCAAUGAACGAGAUGGGUCUGAUCUCUUUCCUGGUGGGUGUGAGCACAGAGUUGAUUGGCAGUUUCCCCUCCUCCCUCCAGUUCCCAGUGGCACUCACUGUGGUUCUAUGGACAUCCGCCCUCGUCUCCUCCUUCAUAGACAACAUCCCCUUCACUCAGGCCAUGAUCCCGGUCAUAGUGGACUUGUGUGACCAGAAUCACCACUUGUACCUCAAACCACUCAUAUACGCGCUGGCUUUCGGCGCUUGUUUCGGUGGAAACGGGACAAUAAUCGGCGCCUCGGCCAACGUAGUUUGUGCAGGCAUAGCUGAGAGCAAGGGCACCAAGAUAUCUUUCAAAGACUUCUUCAUCAUCGGAUUUCCCGUCAUGCUUCUAACCACUACAAUCGCAACUGUCUAUUUGUUCACAAGUCACUUAUUGCUGCAGUGGGGAAACGAAUGAAAAACUUCAAAACCAGCUGAUUCGCGGAGAACAGAAAUCAAACAGUGUACUUAGUUUCUAACAAAAUUAUCUGCAUAUUCAUAAACUUUUUUAAAGCAUCCAACUAUUGACCAAAUUUAAAAAAAGAUUUGUCAUUGAAACCAAAUUUAAAACUUCC